AUGUACCAGGAAGGUACAACUAGACAGUACACACCAGAAGAGUGCAAAAGUGUAUUACCUAGUUUAUUAAAGGACGUUCUACUACAUGGCAAGCAAACAGUAAAACAACAUUAUUAUGCAGAUUCACACGUGAAUACAGAUAUGUUUCCGAAUUGUCAUAUCAAACCACAAUUAUCAUACCAAACCACACCAAACAGUCAAAUUACUUCGCAUAAUCCAUGCCAAAACUCUUCUGCCGAAUACCAUGCAUUCGUCUCUCAUAUAUUACCGACGGAACAUGAGCAAUAUUUUAGCAAUUUACAAAGGCAAUAUCAACAACAGCAAUACAACGAAUAUGGCCAAAAUUACCCAGAACACAUUGUGCAAUCACCAAAUUACGGAUUUUCUGAAUCGUCCACUACUUCAAUGCAAUGUGAACAGAACAAACCAAAACAACAAACCAUCUUUAAUUUACAAGCAUCGCAGAUGAAUAGUCAUCACGGAAAUAACAAUAAUAAUAUAAGACAAAGAAACGAGAAUAUUGAAAUGUCCAAUCCUAACAACGGACAAAGAAAACCAUAUUCCAACAAUGUCGCAGAUUAUGCAUGGAUCCAUAAAAAAACAAGAGCCAAUCAAGGAAAUGGAACCGAACAGAAACGCACGAGACAAACCUACUCGCGUGAACAAAUCUUGGAACUGGAAACAGAAUUUCAUUCCAAUCAAUAUCUCACAAAAAUCGGACGUCUCAGGCUAGCUGACAAAAUUAACUUGACUGAACGUCAAGUUAAAAUUUGGUUUCAAAAUCGACGAAUGAAACGAAAAAAGGAUACAAGCGUAUCGCCAAAUAAUUCACGCUUAACCACAGCCGCUUCAACAGCACCGAAACUAGUAGCACCAGAAUCUAACACUCAGUUCAUGACUCCUGAUAAACUAGUAUUCAAUCCAGUGCAACAGGUACAAUUACAAUCGCAACAUCAAUUUUGCGAAAAACAGUAUUUUACUGAUGAUCGAAACGUAUUAGCAACGUCUUAUUCGAAUAAUUCUAAAGAUAACAGUUACGGAAAUUCCAUGGUAGGCCAUACCCAGACAGCACCGAUAUCUUAUGAAUAUUCAAAUAAUGUUCAUGGACAUUCCAGAGUGGACAAAUAUGGAUAUCCAUAG